AUGUUUUGCUGUCUGAACCAGAUCGCCUACUAUGUAGGCUUGUUCGUGAUUGGUCUCGUGGCCGUCAAGUUUGGAUUCUAUGUUCAGAGGAAUUUCUUCAGGAAGGGGUAUGAUGUACAUGAAAGAUAUGGAAAAGAUUCUUGGAUUCUGAUCACAGGAGCCACAGCAGGAAUUGGACUAUCAUUGGCAAAAUACUCUGCUAAAGUUAAAGGUCUCAACGUUGUUCUGUUGGGUAGAAAUCAAGAGAAGUUGGAGGAAGCUGAGAAGGAGGUUAAAGCAGCUAACCCAAAGAUCAAGACCAAGACUUACAAGUUUGAUUUCAACAAUAACUCUGGGUAUGAGUCAUAUCUCAAGAUCUCUGAGGACUUAAGAGAUUUGGACAUCUCAAUGUUGGUCAACAACGCUGGAUAUAUGGACUUGAGACCAAUUCUUACUCUGAAGGAAGAAGUAAUGGAACAAGUUACUCAGACCAAUAUCAACGGACUGUCUUUGCUCACAUUAAUCUUCGCUAAGAGAUUUGCAAAGAGAGACAAGAGAAGUGCUAUCGUUAACGUAGCAAGUCAAGCAGGAUAUGCACCUUUGCCAGGAAACGCUCAUUAUGGAGCAAGUAAAGCAUUUGUAAGGAGCUUGACUAAGGCAGUUGGGUAUGAGCUAAGAGAUAAACUAGAUAUGCUAUGCUUCUCUCCAGGAUUUGUAACCACUGCAAUGACCAUUAAUAAAACCGGGCCUGAUGUAGUUACUUCAGAUGAUUGUUGUCACUGUAUUUUCAGAGAUCUUGGAUAUGAGACCGAGAAUCAACCAAGCACUUUACAUGAAUUUGUAGUCUUCCUAGUAAGCCCAGUCUUGCUCAUCAAUGAGAAUCUGCCGAAUCUCGUACUUUCCCCAAUGAUGGGCCAAGAGUUCAAAAGAAUGGAGGAUCUUAGAAACAAAGAGAAGUAAA